AAAUUUAUCUACUGUCUCCCUAUCUGACAUUUCGCACUGUCUCAACUCAACUCUCUACCAAAACUGAGAUCAAUUGACCAGAGAAAAAUGCAUUUUUUUUCUUCAUAUUUGUGCAUAUAGAUUUCCCUGUCACUUUAAAGCUUUAAUUCCAUUUAUAUCUAUCUUUCUCCUUCUUUUUUUUUUUUGGUUUAUUUAUUUUUUUAUUUUCUACUGGUUGUCAAAGUCUACAAAAUGAGCAGUUUCAUGUCUCAAUACACAAUACGCCCUCCAAAAACGCCUCACUGAAAUACAGGCACCAAUGACACUCUUCAGCUAAGCAUCUUUCCGUCACGCAUAUGUGUUAUGUGCACGUGGGCGUGCAUAUGUUGUUGGGUUUGGAGAAUGUUGCUGGUUUUUGCAUCUUCAUUCCCCAAUCCCCACUGUUUUUGUGAUCCUUUUUUGGGUUAAUAUUGGCUAGGGAAGAAUGGGUUCCAGUUUUCUUGAUUUAUAAUUGAGUUUAUUUCCUGGGAAUCCUGGGGUUUUGUAUUGUGUAGAGUAAAAUAAAAAUUUCCAAAUUUGGGUGUUUUGCGAGUCUGCACUGAUGGCUCCAGUGAGAGGGUCGAAGAAGAAGAGGAAGGUGGAGAAGAAGGGUGAACAACAGGAGGGUGUGGCUUCUGGGGCUUCUGAGGAUGGCUCUGCUGAUUGGUGGGCUGUGUUAUCCAAAAGGGUUGCAGGUAAUGUUUCGCCCUCAAAGGGUAUGGACAGCUUCCAAUCUGUGUUCAAGAUGUCGAGAAGGACAUUUGAGUAUAUAUGCUCGCUUGUGAAGGAGCACAUGAUGGUGAAAUCUGCGAAUUAUGUGUUCACGAGUGGGAAGCCAAUGUCGUUACACGAACAAGUAGCUUUAGCUCUGCGGAGACUCUGCUCGGGUAAUUCGCUAAUUGCGGUUGGUGAUUCGUUCGGGGCACAUCACUCGACUGUCUCUCAAGUGACUUGGCGCUUCGUGGAGGCCAUAGAAGAGAAAGGCAUCCACCACCUUUGCUGGCCGUCGUCUGAACAGGAGGUGAGUCGGAUAAAAUCCAAAUUCGAACAAAUACGAGGCCUCCCAAACUGUUGUGGCGCGAUUGAUACCACGCACAUUACCAUGAUGUUAUCCUCGUCUGAACAAACAGCCGAUGUGUGGGUCGACAAGAUGGAGAAUCACAGCAUGAUCCUGCAGGCGAUCGUGGAUCCUGACAUGAAGUUCCGGGAUAUUGUCACCGGCCUGCCCGGGAAGAUGGGCAAGGCUUCGGUUCUCCAAAGCUCGACGUUCUUCAAACUUUGCCAGAAGGGAGAAAGGCUAAAUGGCAAGACGAUAAAGCUGUCAGCAGAAACCGAGGUAGAGGAAUACAUAGUUGGCGAUUCCGGGUUUCCCCUUUAUCCAUGGCUUAUGACUCCCUAUCCCGGGAAAGAACUCUCGGAACCCAAAGCCGAGUUCAACAAGAUGCAUUUCGCAACGCGCAUUGUGGCCCAGAGAGCGCUGGCGAGAUUGAAGGAUGUCUGGAAAAUGAUCCAAGGAAACAUGUGGAGACCGGACAAACAUAAGUUACCUAGAUUCAUCCUCGUAUGCUGCAUUCUCCAUAACAUCAUUAUCGACAUGGAAGACGAGGUGUUGGAUGAGCUUCCUCUCCCUCAUCACCAUGAUCCCGGGUACAGGCAAGAGGUUUCUCAAUCCGUCGACAAGGCUGCUUCUAUCGCGAGGGAUAACCUAUCCCGAUAUUUAUCUGGAAAACUGCAUUCUUGAUCUUAUAGGAAACAAAAAGACAACAUAGUAUUUCUAUUUGCCUGUAAUCCCUUUCUUGUUUUGUUCUUUCCUGUUUAGUUUUGGUAGUGAUGUUCUUUAGAUACUCUGGGUGUGUGUUGGUUACAGUUCUCUGCAUUUUGAAACUGCCAUAAAUAAUGAUUUCGAUUAGGAAA